UUUAGUUGAGUUGUGAGUGGUGAAGUAGCAACAACACGAGGAAGAAACUUUGUUGAAACUCUUUUUGGCGAACGCAUUUGCCGUUUACGGUUUUCCUCCUCUCGUGUCCCGUGUGUGCCCGUCGGACCCGUCGGAUUGUAACGAAGAAGACUGGCUGCCUUUAAGUGAGGCCAUUUGUUUCAGGUUUCACAGUGCGUUAGUUUUGCUCGGAAUAAUCGAUUUCGGUGUCUGAAUAAAUGCAGAAACGUCACCGUGUGGAGUGCGAAGUGAUUUGAUUUGAUGCCCUGAAUAUCGCGAGAGUGGAUUUCCAGCGAAACGUUCCAAAGUUCAGACGUAAAGUGUUUCCGUUCGAACGGUUUUGAUAGUGUAUGUGUGCGAAAUAUUCUCGACCCAUUAUUAUUGUUGCUGCUACUACUACGGUCGAGUGUUCGUUCCGGAAGAACUUCGGAAUAUAGCAAGUCUCGUUCGUCCCGGCCAAACCUUUCCAGGAUACCCGUCGAAAUAGUGCACCCCGAAUUCUCCAUUCAUCGCCAUCGAAAGGGAAUUAACAGCAAUUGAGUAUUUUCGCACAUGAAAAUAUUCAUUUUGUGAAUCACAGAAUAUGAUCUAAGCCCCAAUCUGGUUCCGGAAAGCAGAUCACUCGCCAAUCGAUCAUCAAAAAUGCCGGCUCUCGUCGCUUGCCAGUUUGGAGAGCGUCAGUCACUCCACCACUUCUUUUCCCGUUGAAAAGCUGGACCCGGAGGCUGCUCAAGCCGCAUCAUAUUUGGACACUUCCCCUGGAAAAGACACAGACCUACACACACCUGAGGUUGAAAUUUACCCCUAGCCAGAAUGAUGAAGCCACCAACCGGAGAGGACAGAAUUGGACGCACGGCGUCCAAACAGCAACCGGAGCUGGCUGGCGUGCCGUCAACCUCGACAUCGACACAAACCGGAUGUUCACGGAUGAACCCCCUGCCACUGACAGGAGGAACCGCACAAAAUCCAACGACACCGACUGCCGCCGCUUCCAGUAGUACCGCAGGAUGUUUCAUCAAACCGUCACUGUCGCUCAACUCACUGCCACCGCAGGGUCCUACCGAGGGUUCGGAGAUGGCUCAGAACCGGCUGCGAAUCGAUCGGCCCUACAAUAGUUUGAAGAAAAAACGCGACUCAGAACGGGAACUAUGGCGCCGAUCGUGGGGCAGUGGCCACAGCCACAGCUCAUGUAGUCUCCAGAGCAGCACCACGACCGGCAUCGGAAAAGACGACUUCUGGGCGGCCCUACAGACCAACUACAAUUUCAUAAUGGACACCAAUCUGCUCGAUAGCUGCCGGGAAGCUCGAGGCGAAAUCGAAGGUCCCAUAGUGCGGGCGGAGGAGGACGAUGUGGACUGCUGUCGGAAGGCUUUAUACAAUCCGUCCCCAAUGCAGACUUUUUACGGGGAUCCGCGAUUGUUGCGGCAGUGGAUUCGCGAAAUGGAGAAGCGAGUAUCGCGCAUAUCCUGCGCUUCUGUCACGGAGAUCAAGAAGAUGAAGACCGACCAGCUGCUGAAACUAUCGGGCGAACAUUCGGAAAUCUACCGUGAAAUCAAAUCCAAUUCGCGUGCCGUUGCUGCCUGUGUUCGUGCCUACGAGAAGAAAUCGGCCAAGGCGGGCAAAUUUUCCAGCAAUAUCUCCGGCGUCACGAGCGUAGCUUCGUCAUCAUCGUCGACGGCCACCCGAAGCAAUAAGAACAAUAGCAAUAACCACAACAGCAGCAGCAGCACUGCCGGAGAGCUAACGGGACCCCCUUCCGGCUCUGGAUCAUUAACGCCAGAAGUUCCGGACAGCGCACAACCGGGCACAUCGACGGCCCUAUUCACGACAGCCGGUUACGAGCGGCCGGCCGACAGGAGUUUCCCAGAGGAGAAGUUGACUGCCGUCAAGCUCAGCGGAAAGGCGAAGGAAAACAGUAUUGUCAAGGGACUUCAGCGGCGAUAUCUUUUGCUGUAUUUGAAGGCAUUCGAGUUUCAGCUGCUGCUCGAAGGACUAUUGGAUAACAAAACCUCGAGCUCGGAUAACAACGCCAGUCUUUCGGACACCGACGAGGAGCCCGUCAAUAAGCUAGCACGCCUCAGCAAUUCCAAGUCGAAGUCACCCAGCUCACUGCAGAAUGACUGCUUGAGUGGCGAAGAAUGGGUUAAAGCCAAAAAGCUUUCAAACGCUGGUUUCGAUGCCGAUUCCGAGGGUAGCGACUGUGAAAUUGUGCCUAAAAUUAUCACCUACAGCCACCACCACCACCAGCAUAAUCCCGGUAGUCCCACGACGACUACGACGGCCACCACCAACACGCCGUCGAUGCCUCCGCCUUCCACUGCUAAACUGUAUUCACCGGAAGCGGUCACUGCGAAUCCUAUGAUGGAAACAGACAUCGUCGAGCUGUCGACGAACGCGAUUAUAACCACCAGCACCAGCAGCACUGCGGCCAGCGAAACGACGAGUCCAGCCGCCGACCCCGCGAGUGGAAAACUGCUAUGCGAGGAUAUAAUCGACGGUAUUAUCCGCGAGGCAACCGCACAAGAUCGAAUUAACAACAACAACAGCAACAAUAACGACAGCAGCGGUAAUGAUGCCACCAAUCAGCAGCAGAGCAAAUCAUCCUCCCCGAAGCAUUCGGGAAAACAAAAACGCACCAAAACCAACGAUUUGUCUAAGUUCAACCGAUCGACUAGGAAGUCGAAAAACUGUGCCACAUUCUACUUUAAGCACUUGGACACCGACUCGGAGCUGAACAAGGACUCGAGCGAGCGGGCCAAAACGGACGAAAGCUCGAGCUCCUCCGAGGGCGACGAAUGGGUGUACAACAAUGGCGACGACGGUGCCAAUCAGGAGGGCGAAAGCAGUCCGGACAGCGGGUCCGGAUCUGGUUCCAACUCCGAUCCGGCAACCAACGCAGCCGAAGUGAUCCCGCUAGGGGAUGAAGAUGAGAAGGAAAAUAAACCGGAUGGCGGUGGGGGUGAAGAUAAAUCGAUCUCCAUCGUCAGCAACGCCAAUCCGGCCAACGGUCAGAAGGAGAUGAAGUCGAAGAAAUGCUUGGACUUUUCGCAGGAUGUUCCUGGUGUUGGGUUUAACCGGACUACGAGCGGUAGUCGGGCACUGAUGAUGACCUCGAUCGGGAGCUUUGGCAAGAGCUCCGACUCGGUGGAUAGUGGCGGCAAGAGUGGAUCCCCGCUGGUUGCGAAGCAAUAUGCGACGAGUUCGAUUCAAAGGUUAGUGCUUCAUGCCGAAACGCUAGUGCGGGACGAGAUUUUCGCAAAGACACCCAAAACUGUUGUGAAAAAUCCUCAUUAUCUACACCACAACCAUCAUCACCAUCAUCAUCACCAUCAUCACCAGCAACAGCAGCACCACCAGCAGCAGCAACAACAGCAACAUCGUUAUCACGCUGCAACCGGCGGCAGUAUUAGCGUCAUCAGCAGUGCUGGCAAUCGGAAGGUGGAGAAAGUGAUGAGCAAUCUCAAGAUCAACCGGAUCGAGGAAUGGCUCGAAAAACAGCCGCUCGACGUGGCCGCCACAGCGCCUCUGCUACCCGGUUCUGGACCCACAACGGACUGCGAAGCAUCCGGCGAGUACACCGAUUCCGAUUCGAUCGCUCGUGACACGGACAGCUCGGAAGGGUUAGCCAACUCGGUUGCAACGUGCUUGCAGGGUGGCGAUCCUGCGACCACCUCGCAGGAAAUGCUGACCGACAACGUGUACCCCUCGGAGACGUCGAACGUGUCGAACGACGAGGUUGAAUCGAAGAACAACUCCAACUCCAACCCGUCGCUGGUGAAGCGACGCGUCAACAAGCCUUCCGGCGAGCGGCCCUGGUCUGUAUCCUGCAUUUCCCAGCUUAACACCUCGGCCGUGGAGAUUAAUCAGUAUGGCGAACGGCUGGAGAAGCACCAGAACCAGCGGCUAAUGGCGAGCUUUUCGAUCAGCGAAUCGGCCCUGAACACGAUGUCGGCCAUGCGGGGUUCGAUGAAACCGACAACGGCGACGACGGCCAGUGCGACAACGAUGAUGCUAGCGGCCACCAGUAGCAGCGGAGGCGGUAGCCAACAGCCGCUGAUGGCGAAAAGCUCCGACAGCAAGGGUUCACUGAAGAAGCGAAAGUUGCGCUCCAGGAAAAAGAAUCGCAUCGAUGAGUCUGGAUCCGACGAGUCGCAGCCUCACACCCAGCAGUCGUCUGCAUUGCAUCUUUUGCAGCACUCGUUAAUUCUCCAGCACCAACAGCAAUUGCUUCAACAGCAGCAGCAGCAACAGCAACAACAACCACUGAGAGAAAUUCAACUUUCGGCCGGAAGUAGCAGCGGCAGCGGUCGCCAGCAGCACCAGCACCAAUCCGGUGGCAAUCAUCGGGGAAGUUUGCUCAAGUCCGAGUCCUUCUCCGGUCGGAUUCGACUGUCGGACGACUUGGUCACGCUGUCGUCCCUGUCCGGCUCGUCUGGAUCCCGCAAAUCGUUCUCUGCCCGGCAGACGACGAGGGGAACGACCAUGACGACAAUGUUGGCCACGGUUACGACGAAAAAAUCGGCUCCCGAUAGCGAGGAGGAUCAGAGCCUGCAGCAGCAGCAGUCGACGGCAUCGAUGCCGAAGCCUAACUUCAAGAUCGGUUCCAGUGUGACGCGCGCUCGCUGCGGUAGUGACAAUCUAGGAUCAUUAGCCGCGCUGGCUAAUUAUAAUCUAGAUGGUGUAGAGCGGGCCGGCGAGACGGACCAGAACGGAACAGGAACAGGCACGGAGGAGAUGAGCAGCUUCUCGGAGCAGGCCUGGGACAACUACCAGGAGAAGUACAUGAGCGAACCGUACUCGGAGGAUCGCGACACGGACGCUGCCCGGCGUCUGUUGGACUUUGGCGACGAUUAUCGUAACUUUAUUGAUUCGCAGUCGGACUGCGCAUCGUCGUCGCUGUCGGCGGCUAACAUGGAUUCGUUGUCGCCGCCACGCUUCCGCAAGAAUGAUCCACUGGGAAAGAGCUCCGAACAGAACGCUAACUCGUUGAACCGGCGGAAGCGAUUGGACGAGUACCGAAUGGAUGAUCGCUACAGUCACAACAUGAACUCGUGGUCCAGCAAGUCUGGCAGCCCGCCGCACCACUCGCUCGGGCUGGAUAAGUCUCUAGCGGCACGCGGCAAGCACCACGUGCUGUACGAAAGCCCGGACCAGUCCGGGGCGAGCGGAACCGGGCUCGGUAGUGGUCGUCGCCGGUCGCUACGUUCGGUCGACAAGCACAACAGUUUCCUGCGCUCGUUAUCGCACGAAACGAGCUCCAGCUCCAACAACGAGUUCGACGAGGACAUGGAAGCGGAAGUGAAGAAGCUGCUGAUCCAGAGCAAGCUGCGCUUCGCCAACACCGAGGCGCUAAAGGCGAAAUCGCACCUGCUCAAGCCGGAGGACUAUGACGAAAUCAUCAAGACCUGCCGGGAGAACGUGCGCUGUCUGGAAACGGUGCUGCUGUCCCAGCCGGGAACGGUCCUGACGGCGGCCAAGUGUCAGGAUUUACGAGAUACCGUCCUGUGCUGGGAGAAGCUACUGAGCUGGAGCGAAAGGCGACAGAUUACGACCCAGUUCCAGACGGAGAUCCAAACCCUGAAAGAUGUUCUGGACGAUUUGGGCAGCAAGGCGUUCGAUUUCUCCUCGGAGGCACACAUACAGCUUGCCAUUGAUCAGCUAAAGAACGAGCGCAAGGUGUUGGCAAACCAGCGUCCCAAAAUGCUGACACUGAAUGCUGCCGUACACAACUGGGUUUCGACCCAGGAAAUGCAGCGGAAGGAACUGCUGGAUGAGUCCACGCUUGACACCCAGCUGGAGCAGCUGAAUCGGGACAAAAACUUUGGCAAGUGUACGGAUCAGAAGUGUGGAGCCUGCUACGAUUGUUUGAACGAACUGCGGGAAGAUUGCAUCAUCAACCGGGAGCUGAAGGAUGGAAUCAACCAACUGUACGGCACCUGGGAUGAGGCGGAUUUGCGAAUAAACAACCGAAUCACAAACCUUACCACUUCGAUGAUGACCUGGAAACAGCUGGAGGACGGUUUGAGUGAUUUCAAGGACAUUCUCGACCGAGACCGAGGCAAACUUCAGGGGAUUGAAGGGGCCCUGCAAAGCGGGGCCGGAAGAACCGACGAAAUGGUCAAUAGUGUCAAAGAGGUUGUCAAAGCUCUGUCCGAGAAGGUGGAGCCGCUUUUUCAGGAGCAUAACAUUAGCAUUCCGGUUAAUCUUAAGCUCUCGUCGAGUGGGUCUCUGUCUGAUAGUGGCAUUUCCGAUGGUGGUGGCAUGUCUGACGGUAGCCUUUCUGAGCGCGAGAAGCGGUUGAGUGCGCUGAAGCGGUUGGUCAAGCAGCUCGAGGUGGCACUGGCACCGGGUAGUGAAGCUAUGCAGACCAUCACUAAGCGGCUCGAGAUGGCAGAGCAUGAUUUGCGGUCGCUGCAGAAUACUUGCCGGAAGAUUAUAAUGAACGAGAACGAUGGCUCGGCGGGAAGUCAGAAUGGCGAUGUCCUCGAGGAAUUCGUCGGCAACAACAACGAUGCUAGCGUUAAGAAUAGGAACAAGAAUAAGAAUGGAAGCAAAAAGAACCGCCCGUCCAGUCCGGCCAAAUCCCGCUCACCGCCACCACUGACGGAAACCGACUCCGAAGAGAAUCCCCACCAGCAGCUGUAUCAGGAAGUACAAAAGGACGGUCUAGCUCCCGGUCAGCAGCAACAGCAGCAGCAUCACCAGCAAGAGCACUUCCAGCGAGCGACGGCCACCGCUCAGCUUGGGCUGAUCCAGACCACGAAAAUGAAACUGUCCCAGAAUCGGUGGGUCUGGCGGAUCACCAAGAUCGCUGUUCCGGUGCAGCUGGCGCUGGUGCUGGUGAUGUGUGCGGCUUGUUUCUUCGAGCCGCACUGUUGUGAUGCCCUCAACACCUACUCCAUGAGUUUCACGCCCCAAUUGCGCUACAUCAAGGGACCACCGCCCGUUUGAACACAAAACAAAGCAAAAAAAAAAAAUGACACACAAACACUUACACACACAAGCAGAGUUCCACACAGGGUUUUUCUUCGCGCAAAGCGGGAAGAACGUGAGCUUUUUGUUUUCUUAUUUUUAUGUGGAUAAUUUUUUUAUAUCCUGGAGAUAUAGCAGUUGUGCAUUAGCUAGUAUUUAAGGAGAUAUCGUUUUUAUAUCAGAUCAUAUUUAUAAACACAAAGCAAACAGAUUUAUUUUCUCUAUCGACAUGGUUGGUAGAGGAACUGUCGUCUACUACACAAAACAGAAGCUAUUUCCUACUCAACAGGAGACACGCACGAAGAUCGAAACGACAAUUGGAGUGCUCCUACAGCAGGUAAAUACGACCUUAUUUGUAUUCACUAUUAUUUAUUAGCUAGUAAGAUAAAUUUUUAGUAGAGAGCCAAGCCAUUCUUCGUUGUCGUGUUGGUGUACCUACUUCAUUUCACUGUAGAAAACAAUAUAUAUUUGUAAAGUUGCAAAAAAUAAGCAAUUAAUUACGAGUGGAGGAACCGACACAAAACGAAAGUGCCUUCAGCGUAUGAAAAAAAAUCUUACCAUAACACGUAAACUGUAGCGUCGAAAGUGAGCUUGAAAUAGCAGAACACGCGUUCCUGUCAGCAAAUACUAAUUUUUACAUUUCCCAUCCUAUUUCUGGAACAGUAUAAAAAACUUUCCUAAAUCUGCCCAAUUUUACAUUAAAAAUGUAUUAUCAUAAUUAAUAGUUUCGCACUUUCGGCAAUAAAUUAGAUUUCUGUUGUAUGUAAAUUUUUGGUCGUUUUGGUCGUUCACUAAUACUUACCAUACUAAUUUGUAAAGGUAAAUUUUUUUUUCUAUAUUCUUUAAAGCAAAAAAAGUGUUCACACAAGGGACGAUAUACAAAAAGUAGCGCAUUUUUUGCGUGUGUGUCCCUUUGGGAAAUAAUGUAUUCUUCUGAUUAAACUCCGCACAAAAGCGAAAGCGAGCGGAGAAGUAAAACUACAUGCAAAUAAAUGUUUAUAUUUUUAAUCAAAAAUCAAA